AUCAGGGCAGACAAGCUUCAAGUCCCAAAACAGACCGGAAUCUCACAGUCACUCAAGAGGAGAAACCGUGAGAGAGAGAGAGAGAAAUGGCAGAGGGUUUCAGUCGGAGCAGUGGUGAGGCCCCUGAAUAUAAGCUGGUCCCUCUUAGAGGCUUCAACCUAAUAUCUGGAAUCCACUCUCCCGAGGUGGUGGAUCAAGUUCAGAACUUUGAGAUUCAAGACUCGGAUGUCUUUGUCAUUACUUACCCCAAAUCAGGGACUAUUUGGUUGCAGCAAAUCCUGAGUCUAAUAGAGGUCAAGGGUGAUGUUACAGCGACAAAUAAUCAGCUGAAUUCUGAGCGAGUACCAUGGAUUGAACUUUUAGAUUCUAGGAAACAGUUUGUUUCUGCCCCUUCCCCUAGGAUUCGAGUGUCUCAUCUUCCAUACAAAUUCAUGCCACUUGGACUGAAACAAAAGAAGGGCAAGGUCAUCUAUGUGGCCAGGAAUCCAAAGGAUGUUUUGGUGUCUUAUUUUCACUUUCACAAAUAUGCAAAUAUGCUGGAGACCCCAAAAGACUUUGAUACAUUUUUCGAGAAAUUCAUGGAAGGAAAUGUUUUUGGUAAUUGCUGGUUUGAGCAUGUCAAGAGCUGGUGCUCCCACAAAGACGAGAUGAACUUCUUGUACAUUACAUAUGAGGAGAUGAUUAAGGACUUACGGGCAGUGGUUGAAAGGAUCGCUUCAUUCUUGGAGAGGAACUUGACAUCACAGCAGUUGAAUGACGUUAUUGAGCACAGUACCUUCAAAAAUAUGAAGAACAAUCCUCAGGCCAAUUACCAGCAGAUCCCUGUCAUCCUGCUGAACCACCAGCUGGGAACAUUUCUGAGGAAAGGAACUGUUGGUGACUGGAAGAACUAUUUCACUGUGGCACAGAAUGAGAGAUUUGACAAAGUGUACCAACAGAAGAUGAAAGAAGUUCCUCUUUCUUUCAUCUGGGAUAUGAAUGAUCUCAUCACACCAUGAUUUAUUCAAGCUCAUCAGCAUGGUUUGAAAUCAAAAAAGUAAAACAAAUAAAGAAAAUCUGAAAUGGUUUAAAA